UGUUAGUAUAAUACCCUUAUGAGUCCCAUCUUUCUCUCUAUAUAUAUGCACGCUUAUGAUAAAACCUUCAUCAUACAAACAAGAACAAAAUACUCAAUCCUCAAAAUCAUGACAACAUUUGAAACUUCACCACUUCUUCCCAAAUAUUUACGAGAGGAUGGUAUAAGUGAAGAGUGUAAAAACUUGAUAUCCAUCCUACCCAAAGAAAAAGGAUGGAUUGGAUCAUAUAUCUACAAUUACCAAGGUGUUUGGAUGAUACCAAUAGUAAUCCAAGAAGUUAAAACGCAACCCAAACUUCAUCUUAAACGCUUGGCUGAAUUCUUGGAAUGUCCAUUUUCUAUAGAGGAAGAAAAUCAUGGAGUGGUGGAUCAAAUAGUAAGAAUGUGCAGCUUUGAGAAUUUGAGUAAUUUGGAGGUGAAUAAAAAUGGGAAAUCGUCAGCCAGUGAAAUGGAAUAUAAAGUGUUCUUUCGUAAAGGGGAAGUUGGAGACUGGACGAAUUAUUUUACUACAGAGAUGACUGAGAAACUCAACCAUAUUAUUGAACAAAAGUUUGAAGGAUCUGGAUUGAGGUUUUUGUACAUUUGAUUAGGCAUUAAUAUGCUUAUGCCAAUUGAAUGCAAUUAUUUGUUUGAAAGUCAAUGUUAAGUAUUAUUUUCGAUUAAUGUAACGAGUAAACAUAUAAAAUUGUCCCCAAAUAAUUAUUUAUUUGGUAUGUAUGUUGAUUUGAUUUCAGUUCAUUGCUUUUCUUUCAAUCUGAUACUUGAAUUUGGGGUGCAA